GUGAGAGAGUUGUAGCAGCCUUGACCAUGAGCCCUGCCCUGCUGCCAACCCUCCUGGGCCUUACCCUCUUGCUGUCCCGAGCACAGGCCUUGACCUGCCAGUCAGGAAGCGCAGUGACUGUGAGGAAUGCAACAGAGUUUCCCUUGAAGUGGACAGUUGGCGAAGAGAUCUGCGAUGAGGGCUGGGGUUGCCAAGACACGGUGCUGCUCCUUGAGAAUGGACCCCAAGUGCUCCUAGUACUCACCAAGGGCUGUACCCAGAAGGAGAAUCAAGAGGCCCAUGUUACUGACCACCGGGCAGGCCCUGGCCUCUCCGUUGUCUCCUACACCAGUGUGUGUCGCCACAAGGACCUCUGCAAUGACCUCUCCAGCACCCGUCCUCUUUGGAGCUUGUCCUCCCCUACAGCCCCAGGGUCCAUGCGGUGCCCAGUCUGCUUGUCUACAGAAGGCUGUGAAUCUGCAACAGAGGUGACCUGCCCCGUCGGGCACUCACACUGCUACAAUGGGGUCCUCAAGUUCAGGGGAGGGGGCAUCAACAGCAAACUGAGAGUCCAGGGGUGCAUGUCCCAAGCAACCUGCAACCUGCUUAAUGAGACUCGGGAGAUUGGGUCCUUGUCUGUGAGUGAAAACUGUGAUGCUAAUGGAAUGGAGGCCCUUACCUGUCAGUCUGGAGCACUGGGGAGAGUGAUAAAUGUAACAGAACUGCCCUGGGAGUGGACUGCUGGAGAGGAGGACUGCAGAGAGGGCUGGGGUUGCCAAGACACCCUGAUGUUACUUGAGAAUGGACCCCAAGUGCUCCUAGUACUCACCAAGGGCUGUACCCAGGAGAAGGAUCAAGAGGCCCGUGUUACUGAGCACCGGGCAGGCCCUGGCCUCUCCAUUGUCUCCUACACCCAUGUGUGUCGCCACAAGGACCUCUGCAAUGACCUCCCAAACACCAUCCCUCUCUGGACACUGCAGCCCCCUGCAGCCCCAGGGUCUGUGCGGUGCCCAGUCUGCUUGUCUACAGAAGGCUGUGAAUCUGCAACAGAGGUGACCUGCCCUGUCGGGCAUUCGCAUUGCUACAAUGGGAUCUUCACCCUCAGGGGAGGGGGUAUCAGUGGCAAACUGAGAGUCCAAGGAUGCAUGUCCCAAGAAGCCUGCAACCUGCUUAAUGAGACUCGGCAAAUUGGGUCCUUGUCUGUGAGCGAAAACUGUGAUACUGACGCUUCUCAGACUUGUGAAAAGGGAAUCAUGUUGCAGUUUAAAAGAAAUCUGGCUAAGGAACCUGUGGAAUGGAAUGUGUUUACAACUGUGAAAUGUGAUUUGGCAGAGGUGUGCCAGGAGACUCUUCUGCUCAUAGAUGUAGGAUCCACAUCAGUCAUUGUGGGGAGCAAAGGCUGCAUCAAGACUGAGACACAGAAUUCCCAGGCUGUCUCCAUCCACUCGAGGCCCCCUGGAAUUCUCAUCGCCUCCUACACCCAUUUCUGCUCCUCCAACGGGUGCAACAAUGCCCGCAGUACCAGUGUCCUGCUGAACUCCCUCCGUGAUCUAGCUGCCCCUGUCCCAGGAGACUUGCAGUGUCCCACAUGUGUGCAACUUAGUGGAUCCUGUACAGGCUCUGGAACUGUCACGUGCCCUAAGGGAACCACUGGUUGUUAUAAAGGUUACAUCAAUAUCAAAGGAGGUGGGCUGACCUCCCCACUUAGCAUUCAGGGCUGCAUGGCCCAACCUUCCAACUACUUGUUGAACCACAUCAACAUGAUUGGGCCGUUCCACAUAGUCGAGUUCCCUGAGGAUGUGAAUAAAGAUCUCCAAAGUGGGGCUGCUCCUGCCCCCUACCUGGCUUGGGUGGUAGGGCUGGGACUGUCUCUAGCCCUUUGGUGUGGGAUGACUACCUUGUUCACUCUAUUUCCCUGUGAUUCUUAGCCUCAGCUGACCCCUAAACCAAACCCUCCUCUGAUCUCAUAACCAAACACUGGGUUAUUUUACCAUCUUCUCCAUGAAUUCUCAACCAUACAUGCUGUGACCUGGUAGCAACAUAUGGAAGGUCCUUGGAGCAGAUGAACUGGCCCUGUGGGAGCUGAACACUCAAACAGUGGCCACAUGUGUCUGAGGAAUA